AUUAUUUCACGCAAUCUUUGUUGUUUUGAUUUCUGCGCGCAUGUGUCGCUUUUAGCGCAGAUUGCGCGCAGAAGCACCAGCCGCUUUCUGUCAGCCACACAGGGCGCUGCUCACGGCUGCAACUGAGACGUUCCCCCCCUCCCCGUGACAGCCACGGCCAUCUGCUGACGGUUUUUCAGUUUCAAGUCCAGCUGAUUAUUUCCCACAGACUUAUAGCUUCACUUGACACAACCGAAAUAGCGUCGCGGGAGAGCAGCUGCGCAGAAAGGCAGCAGAAAGCAGAUCGCUCUCCUCCACCCGUCUGCGGAGACAGACUGCAGGCUCAUAAAGACGAAGCGGAUUUGAAUUAAGCACCGGAUAACAGACAACAACUGUGCAUCCUCCGGUGAGGGAGGGGGUGAGGGAGGCAACUGUUUUGUAUCUUGCAAGCCCAGGGUUAGGAGAGGGGGAGGAGGAGCGGAGAAUGAGCUAUUCUUGUACCAGCAGAGGCAACAGCCAGGACCCGUCAAGCGUUAAGAAGCCUGCCGGUAAUAAUAAUCCAGGCAGAGACACCGGAGGCGCAGACAGCAGCAGUAACGGCAGCCCAAAGCAAACUGCGGCGAUGAAAGUGAAGAAAGGCUGCAACUCGACCGACGUGGGAGUCCCGGUGACCGCGGAGGAGGACCUGCUCGCCAGCACGGUGAUCACUCCGGAGGAUGUUCUGGGCUUGCAGAAGAUCACAGAGAAUUAUCUGUGCAGCCCGAACGAGAACAUUUACAACAUUGACUUCACCAGGUUCAAGAUCAGAGACAUGGAAACCGGCACAGUGCUGUUUGAAAUCACCAAACCUCCAUCCACAGGAGAGAGGAGGGACAUUGACCCAAACGCCGGCAGAUUUGUCCGUUACCAGUUCACUCCCGCUUUUCUCCGACUGCGGCAAGUUGGAGCCACUGUGGAGUUCACGGUCGGAGACAUGCCGAUAGAAAACUUCAGGAUGAUCGAGAGACAUUAUUUCAGAGAGAAGUUGCUUAAGAGUUUUGACUUUGAGUUCGGCUUCUGCAUGCCCAGCAGCAAGAACACCUGUGAACACAUCUAUGAAUUCCCACCUCUGUCAGAGGACAGCAUCAGAGAGAUGGUCCUGCACCCGUAUGAGACACAGUCCGACAGCUUCUACUUUGUGGACAAUAAGCUGGUGAUGCACAACAAGGCGGACUACUCGUACAACGGUGGGACGUAGAGACGACACACCGACACGAGAGCCAGGUGGAUGUAGGGACUGACCUGACGGACGAUCAGCGUACACUGGUGGGGUUAAUAUCCUGUCAAUCCAGUAGUCUCCCGCUCUCUCUCUCUGUUUCUUUCUCUCUUUCUGUAUGUCUAUCUCCCACUGAGCGAAUGCCACCCAGAAAACGGCCGUACAGAUAUGUUGGGUGCAAUCUGUGUGUGUGUGUGUGUGUGUGUGUGUGUGUGUGUGUGUGUGUGUAUGUGUGUGUGUGUGUGUGUGUGUAAGCAUGUUUAAGUUUGUCAAAACUUUAAAAAGAGCCACAUGGACACAUGCAGUUGCAACAAAGUGUGUUUGUAAGAUGAUAAACCAGCAAGUAAGCAACUUUUUAGGAAAUAUCAGAUUACGCGUGUGUUCUCUUGCUUUUUGGAGUGUGUGUGUGUGUGUGUGUGUGUGUGUGUGUGUUUCUGUAUUUUGUAUGAUUGUUUGUGUGUGUCUGUAAGUAUGUCAGUUUGAAGCAUGAAUACUGGUCUGGUAAAAAUAAAUAAGAAUUUAAAUGUCAAUAAUGUGGUCAUCUGGUGGUCAAAUAGAUUUCCAAAACCUAUUAGCACAUGUUUAACGCAAUAGGCCGUAGUUAGUCAUUUUGAAUUUAUCAGACCUAUUUCCUGUUUCCUUAUCCCUUUGUUCCUUAUUUAUUUCUGGAGUUAUGUGACCUGUGUUAAUUGCAGGACAUAUGUGUUUAUUGUCUUUGCUCAAAGCACAACAUAGCGAGCCAACAAUAGGAACCUUGUAAAGGUGAUCUGAUCUGAUAUGACCAUGAACGUACUUCUUCAUCUGUGUACAAGCUGUACUUUUCCAGUCUUGUGUUACUUUGUUUAGGUGAUAAAAACAGUUGUUAAAAACUUUAAGUUGUACUUACCGUAUGUGUCCAAGCAAAGGUUUUGCUGUUUGGAAACUCUUCAUAAGAGAAGAAAAGGAAAACUUGGCUUUGUAAAUGUUUAUAUUUUUCAGUCAGAGAUUGGGGAAUGUAGCAGUAAAGUCAUUUUAAAGACCAAAUCACCCUUAAAUCUCAUAUGUUUCCUUGUUUGUGUGUAAUCUAAUGUUUCUGUGGCAGUCCUUAUAAUGUCCAUCUCUUAUGUCCAUUUUCUCAUUCUUUGUGUUGUUUCUCUGUUACCUGAUUUCUGCCUGAUCAGACAUUUCAUUGUUUUCACUCUGACACAUUCCAGUGAGUUAGGACCUUAGUUGUUGAUCUCUUGUUAUUUGAGGGCAUUUAUUACACAGAUCACACAGAUCAAUCAGUAACUGAACUGACUUGGGAUGCCCCUAAACUGUAACAUGCACACUUAGCUCUGUGUGUGUGUGUGUGUGUGUGUGUGUGUGUGUGUGUGUGUGUGUGUGUGUGUGUGUGUGUGUGCUGAAACACAACCUGACUCAAAAAGUAUCCAAGUCGUUCUUUUUCCCCAGCAUAUCUGCACAUAGUUUGCUCUCUCAAAAGCUACGUUCAGUCUGCAGGCCUUAAUGCCCAAUUCCGAUAUUUUGUGUUUGACAGUUCACAUUGUUGUUUAAAUGUGGCCCAUAUCAGACUCCAGUGUGAACUGUCCGCGGCCUAAAACAUGCAGGACUAGUGUGCCUCCAGGAGAGUGUUAAGAAACACUGCAGUAGGCAAUCCAAAAGUUUCAAUCGUCUGAAAAAUGCCAUCAAAGACUAUUGCUCAAGGAGAGACCGCAAUUCCACCCUUAAUGGUAAUAUUAAAGUGUUAUUAUUUGGCGCACUUCUUGUCGCCGGCACACAGUAAGCCUAGCCUAUUAUCAUUUGUUGUGCUGUACUAGGCUAAUUGGAGGAUGUAUCAAAAAACCAAUAAUACUAAACAAAUAAGCUGCAGUCAAUACAGAGUAAUACAGUAGACUACAAAACAACUAAGUUCAUUUUCGCGGGUCGCAGUCUCAACCUGUUCGGUCAAAACUGUGCGCACGAUAGGCCUAGUGGCUGAUGGUGGAGAAGUGCAGCCAUCCUGUAAGUCAUUCGAUGCGCAGCGUAGUUCAUUAGGAAAUUGUGUUCAUUUAAGUCUGUUUAUCUUGUUUAAUGUAAAUAAUAGUAUGUACUAAUUACAAUGAAAAAAACAUUAUUUGUGAUUCAAUAUAAUGGUUGUUGAUAAAUGAAUUAGGGACCCCCACAGAUGCAUGACUUUACUUCUUCCAUGGGGGCUCAGACCAUCCUUAUGGGAGCUGCGCUCCCACCUAACUCGAACCCUGCGAGCAACAGUAGGUUAGCUCUAGUUAGCUCAUGGGAGACUCCCGUUUUUCAUUGUCCUCUCACUGGUCACAUGUGAAUUAAAGUGUUCACACCUUCAUUACGGUUUCUGGCGCUGGACAACGCAUCUGCGCAUCUGCACCGCGGCUCCGUCUACAGCAGGACUGUGGGCCUUUCUCAUUUCCCAAAUUUGUCCCUCCUCGACUCCUUGUGGCUCGUCUCUCCCUCCCGAGAUGCGAGCUCGAGGAGUCGAGGAAACAGGCAUUAUGAAAUGAGAUAUAGCCUAGGCUACUUUCCUCGAAGCCGUCAUUUUAAAAGCGACCUCAAUUAAAGAUGACAUAUUGCACAGCUGCAUUAUCUGCCCACUGUUUGAGCCGCUGUGAUCUCUGUCAGAUGAGCAGACCAGCUUUUACAUUAAAUUUACAUUUAUUAAUUUAGCUGACGCUUUUAUCCAAAGCUUUUGGCACUAAAGGCUACAGAUCAUAUAUCUUCGCAAUCCAGAAACAUGUCUGUCAACAUUUUAAUACGCAGAAACAUUUUGAAGUUCCAAUAAACUUAAUAGAAUCUGUUGAAACAGUCACAGAUUAGACUACAGCAGCCUAAUCAUUCACUACACAGAAAUACAGUAGGCUAACGUCUUUUUUUGUGGUGCGGCUUUUGUCUGUAAACAGGAGAUAAUUUCAGCCCUCAGCUUGAUGAGGAGAGCGUCCAUCAUCAGUCCAUGAAAUGACAAGUAAAAUGUAUCUCGUAUAAUCCCAAAUAAAACUGUCAUCAGGACUCUACUGUUGGAAUGACCUGUGCAGACUACAUAUUGGGCGCUAUUAUUAUUAUACCAUGAAACACAGCAGAUCAGUGUUGAAUGCUCUGGUUCAUAUUAUAGCCUAAUAAUUUGACGUCAGCAGCUGUUUGCACUGUUUUCACUGUAGCUUUCCAGGUGAUUUCUCUAUUGUGUUGUAUUGAUGAAAGAGUGUUUUCCUUAAGAAUUUACUUUGAUGAUUAGAGAGGCUGCUGUCAGUAAUUUAAAUGUUUCCAUCCCUGAAACCAUGAAUUAACAUUCGAUCCUGUCACCGUGUUGGGAGAUUUUUAAUUAUUAAUUUAUGUUGCUGUGGCUCCUGCAUAAAUGCGCACAGCGUCCCUGGAGAGGCGCUUCACCCAGCCACUAUCCAGUGUUCAUUUUUACAGCCCUGCUUCCCAUCUGCAUAUCACAUUCAACAAUAACAACAUCAGUGAUAUCACAGUGAAAUGACAUUAAGGAAUGCAGUUAGAACAACUUUAUGAGGCGUUACACAAACUGUGAAGGACAGAGUUUGAUCGCGCAUUUGAUCAAUUUAAAUAACUAAACUAAUACAACUUAUGAAUACAACAGAACAGACUCAGGUCGCAUUUAAAGGUCCGAUCUGUAACUGGAAAAGAUCAGAUUCUAUGUGACUUGGCCUCAUAAAAAGAUCAGAUCUGAGUCACACAUGGGCAAAAAAAUCAGAUUUGGGUCACUUUGGCCUGCAGUCUGAACGUAUCAGUUUAGUUUCUGCGUUUGGUGACUUUAGUGGUUCUACUUGCAGCGAACUCAUGCCAUCUGAUACAUCAAGUGUGUGUGAAAAAAUGCUGCAUAUAGCCUACUUGUAGAGUGGGGUCUGUGAAGAACUGCAGCCAGCUGAAAAGGAAAUUACUUGGACUUGUGUGUUCACAUCAAUACAAGAAGAGUUUGUUUUUUGGGCCUGCAUAAGUUGCUGAUUGUGAGUUACAGGGAAUAAGGGUGAGAGACAAAGUGGCAAAAGUGCUAAAUGUAGUGAAAUGAACAGGAGGGGACUUGAUAUGUCAAAAAUGUAACAGAUAUCUAGAACAGAUGUAUUUAUGACUGACUGUAACUCAUGUACAAAUCAUUUUGAACUGAUGUAAAAUUUUUGACAAUUCAAAUGUUGAUGCGAAUGAACAAAAGUGAAAUAAAAAAUAAAAUAAUUUUUGAAAUAUCA